ACGCUGUAUAAUUAAAAUAAAAUACCGAAAUUAACGAGUUACAAAUAAGUAACUGGCAAAGCGCCAGCUUGAGUCAAUGGUCGAUGGCGCAACUCACGACCUUGUUGCGAUACCGGCGGCAGGCACGUGGGGAUUGCCCAUCCCUGGAUUGGAUUGCGCAAAAAAAAAUAAACAGAACGCAAUUUGUUUUUGUGCUCGGCGAAUUGAUUGCAGUUUACUUAAUUAUUUAUUUAUUAAAUAUAAUACACCCAGUGAAGGAAAGCUGCAAAUUACCGAUGAAUGGAAUGCUGAGAAGAGUCCUUAGCCGGCCCGAGCCACGCCUGCUCUCCAUGCGCUGCCUUAGCUCAGGAGCUGGCGAAGGAUCAGCGGAAGACACCACCAAAGGAGGCAGCCCAGAAGCCACCCCGCUGCGUUCACGACCAAAUGCGCUCACAGAUGAGAUUAUACGCGUUGAUCAUGCCGGCGAAUUGGGAGCAGAUCGCAUAUACGCCGGGCAAAUGGCCAUUCUAGGCAACGGGCCGCUGGGCAAGACGAUCGGACACAUGUGGGAGCAGGAGAAGGAGCAUCGUAGACAGUUCGAGCAGCUCAUCCAGCAGCACCGCGUGCGUCCAACGAUCAUGACGCCGAUUUGGAACGUGGCCGGAUUUGUGCUGGGCGCCGGAACCGCCCUCAUGGGUGAAAAGGCAGCCAUGGCCUGCACGGUGGCAGUGGAGACGGUGAUCGUAGAGCACUACAACGACCAGCUGCGGCAGAUAAUGGAGGCACCGAACCCGGAUAAGGAGCUGUUGGCCACCAUCACCAAGUUCCGCGACGAGGAGCAGGAGCACCACGACACGGGCAUUGAUCACGGGGCCGAGCAAGCGCCCUUUUACCAGGCCAUGACCGAGGUAAUCAAGUUUGGCUGCAAGACGGCUAUUGCCAUCUCGAAGAAGAUCUAGGCUGGAACAGUUGGGCCCCCUGUACAUACGAAAACCAAAUUAUCUGUUUCGCUACCGUGUUAAGCAUUAAAGAUAGAGCUAAAUGUCCAGAA